AUGAAAAAGAUUUUGGCAAUUGCAUUACUAAUCCUUUGUAUCACAGCUAAAAAGCAUCACAAAUAAGAGGAGGGCCAAGAAGAAAUAACUCCCAUGGUUUAAUGCCUUUAAGAUCAUUGUCUUAAUGAAGCAUUCGGAUGUGUCUUCAAUGAGGAAUGUAGCAAGACCAUGGAGAGUUGUGAUAAGGAAUAUGGAGAGGGUAUCAAAUUAGAAUAGUUUGUUUCAUGUACCGCAAAUGAUGAAGCCGCUUCUGCAUUGGCUGCCUGCAUGUAAAACAACUGUGCCAGUUUUGAAUAAAUGAUGAGAUUCUUCAACAAAAGAAAGUGAUUUUGAUGAUUUUAUAAUAACCAUAUUCAAAUAUAGUCAUCAUUCAUUGCCAAAAAAA